UGCGAGUCGUUGCAAAGCUCUUAUUUCUAUUUUUCUUAUCUCCUCUCCUUCAAAACUAUGGAACUACUACUAUUUUCGUAGCCAUCUCCAGAACUUGAUUGAAUACAUAUUUGUUUGUCCAGAUUUCUCAGCCAAUUCAGCCAUGGCGUGUUCUCCAAACCCAAUCUCCGCACUUUCUUUCACCAACACAUCACUGCCCAAAAGUGCUUCUUCGCUUUCUACUCUAAACCCAAAAGCCAUGGCCAAAGAAGUCUACUUUAAUCAUGAUGGUUCAACGAGGAAGAAGCUUCAGGCAGGGGUGGACAUGGUGGCUGAGUUGCUUGGGGUUACAUUGGGCCCCAAAGGAAGGAAUGUGGUGCUGCAGAAUAAGUUUGGACCCCCAAAGAUUGUCAAUGAUGGGGAGACUGUUCUCAAAGAGAUUGAGUUGGAAGAUCCUUUGGAGAAUGUUGGAGUUAAAUUGGUAAGGCAAGCUGGGGCCAAGACAAAUGACCUUGCUGGUGAUGGUUCUACCACAUCCAUAAUUCUUGCUCAAGGUCUUAUUUCUGAAGGCGUGAAGGUUAUUUCAGCUGGCAUGAAUCCAGUUCAAAUUGCUCGUGGGAUUGAAAAUACUGCCAAAGCCCUUGUUUCGGAACUUAAAAUGAUGUCCAGAGAGAUUGAGGAUCAUGAGCUUGCACAUGUUGCUGCGGUUAGUGCAGGGAAUGAUUAUACUGUGGGGAACAUGAUUUCUGAUGCCCUUCAUCAGGUAGGAAAAAGAGGUGUUGUCACAAUUGAAAAAGGAAAGUAUACGGAGAACAGUCUACAAAUUGUAGAAGGAAUGCAAUUUGAGCGUGGGUACUUGUCUCCUUAUUUUGUCACCGAUAGACAGAAGAUGAUGGUUGAAUUUCAUAAUUGUAAGUUGCUUCUGGUUGAUAAAAAAAUUACAGACCCAAAGGAGAUGUUUAAAAUAUUGGACAGUGCAGUAAAAGAGAAGUAUCCCAUUGUUAUAGUUGCAGAGGGCUUUGAGCAGGAAGCUCUGGCUCCAGUUAUUAGAAAUAAACUGAAGGGUGUGCUGAAGGCAGCUGCUAUUAAGGCUCCUUCCUUUGGUGAGCGUAAGAGCGAUUACUUAGAUGACAUUGCCAUCUUAACUGGAGGAACUGUAAUCAGAGAUGAGAUGGGUUUGACUCUUGAUAAGGCUGGGAAAGAGGUAUUGGGCACUGCAACAAAGAUUGUGAUAAGUAAGGAUUCUACAUUAAUUGUGACUGAUGGGAGCACUCGAGAAGCAGUCAACAAGAGAGUUAUUCAGAUCCAGAGACUUGUUGAGAACACUGAAGAAAAUUUUCCAAAGAAGACACUGAAUGAAAGAAUAGCAAGAUUAUCAGGAGGAAUUGCUAUUAUUCAGGUUGGUGCCCAAACACAAGUUGAGUUAAAGGAUAAACAACUUAGAAUUGAAGAUGCCCUGAAUGCAACUAAGGCUUCAAUUGAGGAAGGAGUCGUAGUUGGGGGUGGAUGUAGCCUAUUAAGGUUAUCAAUCAAGGUGGAUGGUAUCAAAGAACACUUGGAUAAUGAUGAACAACGGAUUGGAGCUGAGAUCUUCAAAAGAGCUUUAAGUUAUCCAGUGAAACUGAUAGCAAAAAAUGCAGGUGUUAAUGGCAAUGUUGUUGUGGAGAAGAUUCUAUCAGAUGAUAAUACUCGGUUUGGGUACAAUGCCGCAAAAUAUUGUUAUGAAGAUCUUAUGAAAUCUGGGAUUAUGGAUCCAACAAAGGUAGUUAGAUGUUGUUUGGAGAAUGCGGCCUCUGUAGCCAAAACUUUUCUGACGUCCGAUGCCGUUGUAGUUGACAUUAAAGAAUCACUUCCGUUUCCAAGGAGAACACCAAUGCCCAUGCCAGUGUCUAAUAGAACACCAAUUCCAAUGUCCACAAGAUUGCCAAGACAAGCACCAAUGCCAAUGCCAUUACCAAUGCGAACACUAGGUUUUGGACCAGCUGGUUUGGAGAAUGACAAAUGAAUUAAUGACUAUUACUCAUAAACAUCUCAAAAGCCCUUCAAAUUUUGAUCAUGCAAGGUAAAUGCCUAAAGGGUUCAUGCAAAAGGAUAUGGUUUUGAAUAUGAAAUUCCGUAUUUUAAGAUUA